AUGUCGCAUGCUGCAGCAACAGACAGCAUCAACUUUGUUGAAGAGGAAGAGAGAGUGCUACAACUUUGGAAAGAUAUUGAUGCAUUCCAAACAUCACUGAAGUUGUCCAAGGGACGUCCCAAGUAUACUUUCUAUGACGGACCCCCGUUUGCUACCGGCCUGCCUCACUAUGGACACAUACUUGCGGGUACAAUCAAGGAUGUUGUCACAAGAUGGGCACAUCAGAGUGGUUACCAUGUGGAAAGACGUUUUGGCUGGGAUUGUCAUGGUUUGCCAGUGGAGUAUGAGAUUGACAAAUCUCUUGGAAUUACUGGGCCAGAAGAUGUGCAGAAAAUGGGCAUUAAAGCUUACAACGAUGAAUGUCGGAAGAUAGUUCAGCGAUACAGCAAGGAAUGGAGGGAUAUAAUGGGGAGACUGGCUCGAUGGAUUGACUUUGACAAUGACUACCGCACCAUGUAUCCAAGCUUCAUGGAGACCAUUUGGUGGGUCUUCAAGCAGCUCUACAACAAGGGACUGGUCUACAGGGGGUAUAAAGUGAUGCCCUUCUCUACUGCCUGCAAUACUCCCUUAUCUAACUUUGAGUGUGGGCAGAACUUCAAGGAGGUUGUUGAUCCUGCAGUCAUUGUGGCUUUCCCUCUGGAGGAAGAUCCUGAGGUUUCUGUGAUUGCCUGGACAACAACUCCCUGGACACUGCCGAGCAACCUGGCAUGUUGUGUGCACCCUGAUCUUACUUACAUCAAGGUCAAAGAUAACACAACAUCCAAAGUGUAUAUCAUGAUGGAAGAGAGAUUGUCUGCUCUGUUCAAGAGUGAGGAAGAAUAUACCAUUUUAGAGAAGUUUCCAGGCAAGACACUGGAAGGAAAGCAUUACAUACCUUUGUUUGACUAUUUCAAACAGCUUGGACAGCAGAUGGGUGCAUUCAGAGUACUUGUUGAUACUUAUGUGACUACCGACACAGGUACUGGUGUAGUCCACCAGGCCCCUUACUUUGGUGAGGAUGAUCAGAGAGUGUGUCUAGCAAAUGGUAUAAUCACCCGAGACAUGAAGAUGGUAUGUCCUGUUGAUCCAAGUGGCAGGUUUACGGAGGAAGUCACAGAUUUCAAGGGCUUGUACGUGAAGGAUGCAGACAAGGAGAUUGUGAAGAACCUGAAAGCGCGAGGGAGGCUGGUUCAUCAGGGAACAGUCAAACAUAGCUACCCGUUCUGUUGGAGAUCAGAGACCCCACUCAUCUACAAAGCAGUUCCUAGCUGGUUUAUCAGAGUUGAGCAUGCAGUCGAGAAUCUGUUGAACUCAACAAAGCAGACAUACUGGGUCCCAGAUUUUGUGAAGGAAAGGAGGUUUGGAAACUGGCUGAAGGAUGCCAGAGACUGGGCAAUCUCCAGGAACAGAUACUGGGGCACUCCUAUUCCACUCUGGGUCAGUGAUGAUGGAGAAGAAGUUGUAUGUGUGGGUUCUGUGGCUGAGCUAGAGGAGCUCUCAGGUGUGAAGGUGGAUGACUUACACAGGGAGUUUGUGGACCCAAUAACCAUUCCAUCCAAGACUGGCCGAGGUGUGUUACAUCGAGCAUCAGAGGUGUUUGACUGUUGGUUUGAGUCUGGAUCUAUGCCUUUUGGAAAAGCUCACUACCCAUUUGAGAACCGCAAGGAGUUUGAGGAUUCAUUUCCCGCCGACUUUAUAGCUGAAGGAAUUGACCAAACCAGGGGAUGGUUCUACACUCUGAUUGUGGUGUCCACCCUUCUGUUUGGCAAGCCUCCCUUCAAGAACCUGGUCUGCAACGGGCUUGUCCUUGCUUCAGAUGGUCAGAAAAUGAGCAAGCGGAAGAAGAACUACCCAGAUCCUAUGUCUGUGGUCAACAAGUAUGGAGCAGACGCCAUCAGGCUGUAUCUGAUCAACUCUCCGGCUGUGAGAGCUGAGAAUCUCCGUUUCAAGGAGGAAGGUGUCAGAGACAUUCUCAAGGAUGUCUUCUUGCCCUGGUACAACGCCUUCAGGUUCCUGGCGCAGUAUGCCCGCAUAUGGGAGCAGGAGACUGGGGAGAAGUUCCUUGUGAAUGAGAAGUCCAGAGAAGUCUCUGAUAACUACAUGGACAGAUGGAUCCUCUCGUUCACACAGUCACUCAUCAAGUUUGUGGAGAAGGAGAUGGCAGCCUACUGCUUGUAUACGGUCACUCCACGACUUGUAAAGUUUGUUGACCAGCUGACCAACUGGUAUGUCCGCAUGAACAGGAGAAGACUGAAGGGUGACUCUGGUAAAGCUGAGAGCAAGAAAGCACUGGAGACUCUGUGUACAGUUAUCUUUGGCAUCACUAGGAUAAUG